UGAUUCCAGGAUGUUUCUGGUGAAUCCUCAGCUCGCAGACUUCAGUGCGCUGGUGGUCGUCCUCCUCCUCACCCACUGUUAUGGAGGUCAGUCUCAGGUGACUGGAACAUCUCAGCAAAUAGUGGCAAUGAUUGGUGAUGACAUCACUUUGCCAUGUCACCUGCCAACCUCUGUGGAUGCCACUAAUAUGGCUGUGGAGUGGACGAGGCCUGGUCUCACACCAAGAUUUGUCCAUCUGAGGCGAGACGGUUUGGAGCAUCAGCUGGAGGAGAACCCGCUGUACAAAGGGAGAACGUCGCUGUCCCCCAGCCAACUCAAGUGUGGAGACGUUUCACUGACACUCUCUAAAGUGAAACUCUCUGAUGCGGGAAGCUACGAAUGCCUCGUUCCCAAAUCUGGUUCAGGAUCUGUGGUCAAGCUUAUUGUGGGUUCUGUCUCGUCACCAGUCGUAGAGAUUUCCAAAGUCAGCAGUGGAGUGCUGUUAGUGUGUAAGUCUGCUGGCUGGUAUCCAGAGCCUGAGGUGUUGUGGCUGGACGCUGAGGGAAAGCUCCUCUCUGCUGGACCUACAGAGACAGUCAGAGGUCCUGAUGACCUCUAUACUGUCAGCAGCAGAGUGACUGUGGAGAGACACAGCAGCAGCUUCACCUGUAGAGUCCACCAGAGGGACACCAACCAGACCAGAGAGGCACAAAUCACUGUCCCAGCGGAUCUCUUCAUGGUCCAUGCUGGUACUGCUGCUCGCAUCAGUAUCUUCUUCACUGUGUGGAUCAUGUUUGUGGUUGUGGUUGGCCUCGUUUUAUGGAAAUUGGGACUGAACAAAACCAAAACCACUGACAGCAGCAUAGAACUCCAGCAGCUGAUGGGAGGAGAAGAAGGAGAGAGGCUGAUGACGAAAAGAGAAAGAAGUUCGUAUUUGGACAAUGCAAAGGCAAAACUUGAGGAGGAAUCACAGAAGAAUGAGGGAGAACUGAAACAUGUACAAGAUGUGAUUAUAACACUAACAGAACAGAAGAAUAAUCUGAAGAACCAGAGAGAGAAACUCAUCUCACUACAGCAGGAGGACAAGGUCCUGAUAGAGGAGAACAAGAAGGAACUGAUGGAGAUCGGAACAUUUACCUCUGAGAAAACAAAGAUGAAGCUUGAAAGAAACAGAGAUGAUUUGAAGAAGAGAAGGAGUGAACAUGAGGAACUGUUGAAGAACACAGACACACUACUGGAGACGACAGAAGAGAUGAUUAUCAGAAUGACAGAAAGGAAGGGGAAACUAGAGAGAGACAAAGAGAAAAUAAAUCAACACCUGAAAGAGAUAGAGAGACAGAGACAGAGAGAAGAGAUUCAGAAGAAGUUACAGUCAGAACCGUCAGAUAGAGAUGAGGAGCAAUUAAAUCGACAGGUGAAAGAGACAGAGGGAGAGGACAUUCAGAGAGGGAAGUCAAACAAAGGAGUGAUUCAAGAGACAAGGGAGAUGAUUAAUAGAAUGAGAGAAAGGAAGGAGAAACUAGAGAGAGACAAAGAGAAAAUAAGUGAAGACCUGAAAGAGGUAGUGAGUCAGAGAGAGAAGACAGAGAGAGAAGACACUGAGACUGUCCCUCUGACUACGUCAGAACAGUCAGCAGGAGAAGUUGAAGUAAAGGAAGGGGAAACUACAGAGGGACAAAAAGAAAAUGAAUCAAUACCUGAAAGAGAUAGAGGGACAGAAAAAGAAGGUUCAGAAGAAGUUACAGAGAGAGAUGAGGAGCAAUUAAAUCAACCGCUGAAAGACAGAGAGAAGACAUUCAGAGAGGGAAGUCAAACAAAGAAGUGAUUCAAAGGAUGUUUCAGCCACAACAGUCAGAGAGAGAACAUAAAAGAAAUAAUGCAUCAGGUGAUGAUAUCAGCACGAUCGCGUAAAAUAUUGUAUGUACUCAUUUUAAAUCCAUAAUCAGGUUUCUAGAUUUCAGUUCAGCACUCCCUUGUGUCCUUGUUCUAAAGAAAUAGUUUCAGGGCGUUUUUUCUUCUCUUUUUACAUUUUCCUCUCUGUGUACUUGUAUUUCACUGCAAUAUAUAAAUCUCUAUAAAUCUAUAAGUCCUGCAGCUCUGUGGAUUCAGCACAAUCAGAACAACUCAAACAUGUCUUAGUGCAGAAAAACACAGUUAGAAUGACAGAAAUCAGAAAAAAAAGCUGAAUUUCUCUGAUAAGUUAUUUUUCUAAAAAUGUGAUUGAAAUAUAAUCUCUUUUUGUAAACAGUUUGCAGUUCUGUAUGAUUUUAUUUGAAAGUUUACUUCUGCUGAGAAUAAACUGUUUUAAUAGAAAUAUGAUAAUUUUAGACUUUUAUG